GUGGGGACGGUGCUGACUCCGCUGCUCCUCGGAUGGUGACCGGGCUCCGCUGCAGCUGCAGCCCCCUCGAGCCCCGGCUCCACAGGCCCGCAGCGCCGGAGCCCCGCAGGAAUCAUGCCCAGGUCCUUCCUGGUCAAGAAGGUCAAACUUGACACGUUCUCUUCAGCAGACCUCGACAGCUCCUACGGGCGCGCCCGAAGCGACCUCGGAGUGCGACUGCACGAUAAAGGAUACCUCAGCGACUAUGUGGGGCCCACGUCCGUCUACGAUGGCGACGCUGAGGCGACGUUGCUCAAAGGGCCGUCCCCGGAGCCCAUGUACGCUGCGGCUGUGCGGGGAGAGCUGGGUCCAGCGGCUUCAGGCUCGGCGCCGCCACCCACCCCGCGCCCAGAGCUGGCCACUGCGGCGGGCGGCUAUAUCAACGGCGACGCGGCGGUCAGCGAGGGUUACGCAGCUGACGCCUUCUUCAUCACCGAUGGGCGCUCGCGCCGUAAGGCCACCAAUGCCAAUGCUGCUGCUGCCCCCUCCACGGCCUCAGCGGCUGCCCCCGACAGCGACGCAGGAGGCGGGGGUGGGCCCAGUGCACGAGGCUCCGGCUCAGGGCCCGGGGGCCGGGGCGGCACGCGAGCGGGGGCGAGCUCCGAAGCUCGUGCGGGGCCGGGAGCCACUGGAGCUGGUGGUCGGCAUGCGUGCGGCGAGUGCGGCAAAACAUACGCCACGUCGUCGAACCUGAGCCGUCACAAGCAGACGCACCGCAGCCUGGACAGCCAGCUGGCGCGGCGUUGCCCAACGUGCGGCAAGGUGUACGUGUCCAUGCCGGCCAUGGCCAUGCACCUGCUCACGCACGACCUGCGCCACAAGUGCGGUGUGUGCGGGAAGGCCUUCUCUCGGCCCUGGCUGCUGCAGGGCCACAUGCGCUCUCACACAGGUGAGAAACCCUUUGGCUGUGCGCACUGCGGCAAGGCCUUCGCCGACCGCUCCAACCUGCGCGCACACAUGCAGACGCAUUCGGCCUUCAAGCACUUCCAGUGCAAGCGCUGCAAGAAAAGCUUCGCGCUCAAGUCCUAUCUCAACAAGCACUAUGAGUCGGCCUGCUUCAAGGGCGGCGCCAGUGGCGCCGGAGGCCCUUCAGCCCCCGCGCCACCGCAGCUCAGCCCAGUGCAGGCCUAGGGCUGCGGAGCUUCUGUCCGCCAGGUCGGCUCUCAGCAAUACGAGCCCCCAGGGAAGUCUCCGCUGGCGUACUUGCUGAGGGGCUGGAGGGCGGGCCCCUCCUCACAGCAAUAGGGGGAGGG